GGCAAAAGCAAAAACCACCACCAACAUACCGGCGGUUCGACCGAAUUGUUUUGGUUUGGUACAUAGCUCUGCGACCGGAAGCGAACGCUGUAGCUGGAAUAGUUUUAAGGCUUGGUCAGGGCGGUCGCAAUGACAAUCAGCAGCAACAGUGCCCUGGUAUUGCACAGUCGGUUCAAAAGUAUGACCCGCAGAUUUCGCUUCUCACCCAGAAGACGCCAGUACUGUGUGCUGACCACGGCUGUGAUCCUGUUAAUGGUAGUGCUUUGUGUGGUGGGUUACCUGCUGAGCGGCAUGCACUACUGUUUCGAUGUGCUGGUUGAAUGGAAGAUAUCGAAAAUAUGCAAUCAGUAUUACACGAACGAAAUCACUGGCUACAUGUGUCCGGAACUGUGUGCCGGUGAUACAAUAUCGGAAUUCCACUGUCCACCGGCCACACGCACAUCGGAGUACACGUUCAAUCCUAACCGCUUUCUGGCACGUAAAGCUCAGCAGUUUGUAGUGGUGAAGCACGCAGUGCCGGAUGCCAGUUAUGAGAAACUUUCCUGGAUCGAUAGCCGCCACCAGGAGGAACACUUCCCGACGGAAACGGAGUACGUUGGCAUUGUGCGGCGCUAUAUCGAGUUGCGGUAUAAUCUGCAGCUACCGUUCGACAAGCUGAACAGCUUGCUGAAGCUGAAGAACAAGAACAAUCACAUUCUGUUCCGGGCCAGUAUGCGCAACAGCUGGAACCUGAUACAGAACAACGAGUACCUGUUGAGCCGGUUGUACGAGGAGCGGGAGAUCUUCCCGCAGGUGAUCGGUACGUGCGGUGAUCUGUUCAUUACCGAGCUGCUCGACACGGUUGAGUUUGAUGAGCGCCGGUACCACUUUACAAACCACAUCGACCUGUCCAAGUGGCGGUACCAUCUGAAGGUGGCGGUACUGAUACUGGACUACCUGGACGAUAUGGCGCAGAACCGGUUCCAGAUGUGUUCGGUGCUGUUGGCCGGCUUCGGCAUCAGUGACAGUCGGAUGAAGUAUCACGAUUUGCGGUACAUCACUACGGAGGGAUCGAUCGAUCGGCACCUGUCGGAUGGACGCUGGUGUGCGGAAGAUGCCGACUGUAGCUAUCACGAUUGUCGCAGCCGUUGCAACACCACCAGCCGCCAGUGUACGACCGGUUUGCUGAACAACAAUCUGCAAAUUGUCUGCGAAAAGAUAUUUCGUGGAACUGCGACGGAACCGGGCAUUCUGGUGACGGAGAAAAGUCCCAACCGGUUGCUGCGCAUCCUGGAGCGUUGCGCACAGCCCGUCAGCAGAUCGGACGUUGACACCGCACGGCCAUGGGGUGCAUCGAAAACGCUUAAGAAGCAGCUGUACAAUGAGCUGACCAGUAUCUACGAGCAGCUUGCUUCCUCGCUUUACUCCUAACUCCAACGCCGUCUGUGGAGGAUUUCCCCCAUUUCGGGACCAGAAAGUUGCAGCAGACCGCUCGAUAGCACCCGUUGUCAAUUGCAGUGAUAAUCAAACAUGCGCGCACAUGCCGUGCGGUACAACAAUUGUGGUAUUAUUAGUGGCCCAAUGGUCCGGUUUCAGCAGUGCGAGAUGAAAGUGCAAACCACGUUUACGUAGAGCCCUUUGCGUAAGAUAUUCUUUACGAUUUUCAACGCUUAUCAACGAUCUAGGCAUAAUAUAGAGUACACUAAUAAAACACUAACACACAUAAUACACACUACGGCAGUAUUGGGAGAA